CUAAAACAACUGUGAACAGAGUAGUUUGGUGAGUCCGCAAAGGACACGACGUCGAUACGCUGGGAUAAAAUUGAAGGAUUCUCCAACAAAUACAGCACCAACAUGUCAAACUGGGGAGGAGGUAACAAGUGUGGUGCAUGCCAGGGGACUGUGUACCAUGCCGAGGAGGUGCAGUGUGAUGGGAAGAGCUUCCACAAAUGCUGCUUCCUGUGCAUGGUCUGCAGAAAGGGUUUAGACAGCAACAAUGUGGCCAUCCACGACACUGAGAUCUACUGCAAGUCCUGCUAUGGAAAGAAGUACGGCCCCAAAGGCUACGGCUACGGUCAGGGAGCUGGGACACUCAGCAUGGACCGUGGAGAGAGACUGGGGAUCAAACCAGAGGAGACCCAGUGUCACAGACCCACCACCAACCCCAACCCCUCCAAAUUCGCCCAGAAGUUCGGGGGCUCGGAUAAGUGUGGCCGGUGUGGGGAGUCAGUGUACGCUGCGGAGAAGAUCGUGGGGGCAGGCAAGCCUUGGCAUAAGAACUGCUUCCGCUGUGCCAAGUGUGGGAAGAGCCUGGAGUCUACCACCCAGACAGAGAAAGAUGGAGAGAUCUACUGCAAAGCAUGUUACGCAAAGAACUUUGGACCCAAAGGAUUUGGUUAUGGCCAGGGAGCUGGAGCUCUGGUGCAUGCCCAAUGAUGAUCACCCUCAAUGUAUUUCUGACUGUGAAAACCGCUAUGUGUCGUUGUAUUUUAAAGCCUGGGGGAGGAUUUACCAUUUACAAAUAUACAAUAAAUAAAAAGCUAUUCC